UGAAGGCUUGGAAGUGCAGCGCAGAAGACAGAGGGUGACUAGGAAGACGCGCGAGCGGGGCCGGCUGGCCGGCGGGUGGGGGAGGGGAGGCGGGGGAGGCGGCUGAGUGGGCCUCUGGAGUGUGUGUGUCUGUGUCAGUGCGCGUGUGUGUGUGUGUGUGUAUGUGUGUGUCUGGCGCCUGGCCAGGGUGAUUUCCCAUAAACCACAUGCCCCCACAGUCCUCUCUUAAAAGGCUGUGCCGAGGGCUGGCCAGUGAGGCUCGGCCCGGGGAAAGUGAAAGUUUGCCUGGGUCCUCUCGGCGCCAGAGCCACUCUCCGCAUCCCGGGACAGCGGCGCGGCCCUCGGCCGGGGCGCCCACUCCGCAGCGGCUAGUGAGCGAGCGAGUAAGCGAGGGCGGCCGACGCGCCCGGCCGGGACCCAGCUGCCCGUAUGACCGCGCCGGGCGCCGCCGGGCGCUGCCCUCCCACGACAUGGCUGGGCUCCCUGCUGUUGUUGGUCUGUCUCCUGGCGAGCAGGAGUAUCACCGAGGAGGUGUCGGAGUACUGUAGCCACAUGAUUGGGAGUGGACACCUGCAGUCUCUGCAGCGGCUGAUUGACAGUCAGAUGGAGACCUCGUGCCAAAUUACCUUUGAGUUUGUAGACCAGGAACAGUUGAAAGAUCCGGUGUGCUACCUUAAGAAGGCAUUUCUCCUGGUACAAGACAUAAUGGAGGACACCAUGCGCUUCAGAGACAACACUCCCAAUGCCAUCGCCAUUGUGCAGCUGCAGGAACUCUCUUUGAGGCUGAAGAGCUGCUUCACCAAGGAUUAUGAAGAGCACGACAAGGCCUGCGUCCGAACUUUCUAUGAGACACCUCUCCAGUUGCUGGAGAAGGUCAAGAAUGUCUUUAAUGAAACAAAGAAUCUCCUUGACAAGGACUGGAAUAUUUUCAGCAAGAACUGCAACAACAGCUUUGCUGAAUGCUCCGGCCAAGAUGUGGUGACCAAGCCUGAUUGCAACUGCCUGUACCCUAAAGCCAUCCCUAGCAGUGACCCGGCCUCUGUCUCCCCUCAUCAACCCCUCGCCCCCUCCAUGGCCCCUAUGGCUGGCUUGACCUGGGAUGACUCUGAGGGAACUGAGGGCAGCUCCCUCUUGCCUGGUGAGCAGCCCCUGCGCACAGUGGAUCCAGGCAGUGCCAAGCAGCGACCACCCAGGAGCACCUGCCAGAGCCUUGAGCCGCCAGAGACCCCGGUUGUCAAGGACAGCACCAUCACUGGCUCACCACAGCCUCGCCCCUCUGUCGGGGCCUUCAACCCCGGGAUGGAGGAUAUUCUUGAUUCGGCAAUGGGCACUAACUGGGCCCCAGAAGAAGCCUCUGGAGAGGCCAGUGAGCUUCCCGUAUCCCAAGGGACAGAGCUUUACCCCUCCAGGCCAGGAGGGGGCAGCAUGCAGGCAGAGCCCGCCAAACCCAGCAACUUCCUCUCAGCAUCUUCUCCACUCCCUGCAUCAGCAAAGGGCCAACAGCUGGCAGAUGUAACUGGUACCGCUUUGCCCAGGGUGGGUCCCGUGAAGCCCACUGGCCAGGACUGGAGUCACACCCCCCAGAAGACAGACCAUCCAUCUGCCCUGCUGAAAGACCCCCCCGAGCCAGGCUCUCCCAGGACCUCACCACUGCGCCCCCAAGGCCUCAGCAACCCCUCCACCCUCUCUGCUCAGCCACAGCUUUCCAGAAGCCACUCCUCGGGCAGCAUGCUGCCCCUUGGGGAGCUGGAGGGCAGGAGGAGCACCAGGGAUCGGAGGAGCCCCGCAGAGCCGGAAGGAGGACCAGCAAGUGAAGGGGCAGCCAGGCCCCUGGCCCGUUUUAACUCCAUUCCUUUGACUGACACAGGCCAUGAGAGGCAGCGUGAGGGAUCCUCCAGCCCGCAGCUCCAGGAGUCUGUCUUCCACCUGCUGGUGCCCAGUGUCAUCCUGGUCUUGCUGGCCGUCGGAGGCCUCUUGUUCUACAGGCGGAGGCGGCGGAGCCGUCAAGAGCCUCAGAGAGCGGAUUCUCCCUUGGAGCAGCCAGAAGGCAGCCCCCUGACUCAGGAUGAGGACAGACAGGUGGAACUGCCAGUAUAGAGGGAAUUCUAAGCUGGACGCACAGGACAGUCUCUCCGUGGGAGGAGACAUUAUGGGGCGUCCACCACCACCCCUCCCCGGCCAUCCUCCUGGAAUGUGGUCUGCCCUCCACAAGAGGACCGGACCAGAGCAGCCAGGCUAGGGCCCCUCUGUCUCAACCCGCAGACCGUUGACUGAGAGAGGCCAGAGGAUGCUCCCCAUGCUGCCACUAUUUAUUGUGAGCCCUGGAGGCUCCCAUGUGCUUGAGGAAGGCCGGCGAGCCCGGCUCAGGACCCUCUUUCCUCAGGGGCUGCACCCUCCUCUCCCUCCCCUCCAUACCAGCACCCAGGCCAGGGACCCAUCAGCCUGUGGUUUGUGGGAAAGUAGGGUGGACGUUGAGGAGUGCAAGAACCCUGCACCCAGAGGGCCCGCCUGGUGCCAAGGGAUCCCAGCCUGGACAGGCAUGGACCUGUCUCCAGAGAGAGGAGCCUGAAGUUCACGGGGCGGCGGGACAGCGUCGGCUUGAUUUCCCGUAAAGGUGUCAGCCUGAGAGACGGGAAGAGGCGGCCUCUGGACCUGCUGGUCUGCACUGACAGCCUGAAGGGUCUACACCCUCGGCUCACCCAAGUGCCCUGUGCUGGUUGCCAGGCACAGAGGGGAGGCCAGCCCUGCCCUCAGGACCUGCCCGACCUGCCAGUGAUGCCAAGAGGGGGAUCGAGCACUGGCCUCUGCCUCUCCUCCUUCCAGCACCUGCCAGAGUUCAUCCGGGAGGCCAAGCAGAGGCUCCCCUCAUGAAGGAAGCCAUUGCACUGUGAACACUGUACCAGCCUGCUGAACAGCCUGCCCCCGUCCAUCCAUGAGCCAGCAUCCAUCCGUCCUCCACUCUCCAGCCUCUCCCCAGCCUCCUGCACUGAGCUGGCCUCACCAGUCGACUGAGGGAGCCCCUCAGCCCUGACCUUCUCCUGACCUGGCCUUUGACUCCCCGGGGUGGAGUGGGGUGGGAGAACCUCCUGGGCUGCCAGCCAGAGCCGGUCUUUAGGCUGUGUUGUUUGCCCAGGUUUCUGCAUCUUGCACUUUGACAUUCCCAAGAGGGAAGGAACUAGUGGGAGAGAGCCAGGGAGGGGAGGGCACAGACAGAGAGGCUGCAGGGCGAGCUCUGACCGAAGAUGGGCCUUUGAAAUAUAGGUAUGCCCCUGAGGUUGGGGGAGGGUCUGCACUCCCAAACCCCAGCCCAGUGUCCUUUCCCUGCUGCUGACAGGAACCUGGAGCUGAGCAAGUUAUCCCUGUCAGGAGCCGUGGGCUGGGCUGCAUCUCAGCUCCACCUGCAUGGCACCCAGCUCCCAUCCACUUCUCACCCUUCUUUCCUCCUGACCUUGGUUGGCAGUGAUAACCUCCAACUCUCACCCACCCGUCUACCAACACCUCUAACCAGGCGAGCCAGGGUGGAAGAGCAAUCAGGAGAGCCAGGCCUCAGCUUCCAAUGCUUGGUGGACCUCCACCUCGUGGCCAGCCCGUGGUGGUGGCUCUGAGGCCUAGGCAACAGGCGAGGCGACAGGGCUGCCAGUUGCCCCUGGGUUCCUUUGUGCUGCUGUGUGCCUCCUCUCCUGCUGCCCUGGUCCUCCACUGAGAGACCCUACCCUACCUGGCCACUGGGCCCGUGACUUUCCCUUCCUGCCCAGGAAAGUGAGGGUCUGCUGGCCCCACCUCCCCUGUCCUGAUGCUGACAGCUAAGGGAAGGGCAGUGAACUUGCAUAUGGGGCUUAGCCUUCUAGUCACAGCCUCUAUAUUUGAUGCUAGAAAACACAUAUUUUAAGAUGGAAGAAAAACAAAAAACAAAAAAAAAAGGCAUUCCCCCUUCAUCCCCCUACCUUAAACAUAUAAUAUUUUAAAGGUCAAAAAAGCAAUCCAACCCACUGCAGAAGCUCUUUGUGAGCACUUGGUGGCAUCAGAGCAGGAGGAGCCCCAGAGCCGCCUCUGGUGUCCCCCCAGGCUACCUGCUCAGGAACCCCUUCUGUUCUCUGAGAAGUCGAGAGAGGACAUUGGCUCACGCACUGUGAGAUUUUGUUUUUAUACUUGGAAGUGGUGAAUUAUUUUAUAUAAAGUCAUUUAAAUAUCUAUUUAAAAGAUAGGAAACUGCUUAUAUAUUUAAUAAUAAAAGAAGUGCACAAGCUGC